ACACACAACAUACACAACAUAGUACGCUCAUGGAUGUCGUCAUAGCACACAGCUUCUCAAGCUGACACUGGUUUCUUUAUUCAUAGUGUCCUUCAAUUUGCUGUUGAUGGCCGAGACAUUGAUGACCUCAUUUGUGUGAUUAAACUUUGUUGAAUGUGCUGACAACAAAAUCACCCAAAAAUGAUCCAUGAAAAUCAAAUGUAUCAACCCAUGGAGGCCUGGACUUGGAGUUAUCGUCAAAAUGAAAGUGGAAAAAACACGCCACAGGCUGAUCCAACUUAUAUGUAUCCAAGACGAUCCCAGCCAUGAACACCGGUGAAGACCAAUAUUCUCUCCUCCAGGAGCUUCUGAGUAACUUCGACAUGACGUACGACCCGAGCUAUGUGCAGAGCGAAAGUGUUAAACUGUGCGACAAGUCGUACGUCAAUCUCUUCGGCUCACAAUUCAACCCGGUGUUCUGCUAUGUCAACUUCAUCCUGAGUUACCUGGGCAACGGCUUGGUCCUCUACAUCAUCUUCAAAUAUGAGAAGCUCAACACGGUGACAAACAUCUUCCUGCUCAACCUGGUGCUCUCCAACAUCCUCUUCGCCUCCAGCCUCCCCUUCUGGGCCACCUAUCAUCAGUCCGAGUGGGUUUUUGGUGCCGUGUUGUGUAAGAUGGUGAGCAGCGCCUACUUCAUUGGCUUCUACAGCUCCAUACUCUUCCUCACGCUUAUGACUUUUGAUCGCUACCUGGCGGUGGUUCAUGCGGUGGCGGCUGCCAGGAGCAGGAAGAGGAGCUACGCGGUGGUUUCUUCCGUGGUGGUGUGGUGUGUUAGUAUGUUAGCCAGCGUCAAGGAGCUGGUUUUCCAGAACGUGUUUGAGAGUCAAUCCAAUGGACUAGUGUGUGAGGAGUCCGGGUACUCGGCGACAACCAUGGCCUUCUGGCGCCUGGUCAGCUACUACCAACAGUUCCUUAUGUUCUUCCUGCUCCCUCUCCUCAUGGUGACGUACUGCUACAUCAGCAUCACCAUCCGCAUCCUGUCCACCCGCAUGAAAGAGAAAUGCCGCGCCAUUAAGCUCAUAUUCAUCAUCAUCUUCACCUUCUUCAUAUGUUGGACCCCCUACAACAUUGUCAUCCUCCUCCAAGCCAUACGGAGCACUGACACAGAAGAGCGAUGCGACGACGCCAAUAAGCUGGACUACGCCAUGUUUGUAACACGUAACGUAGCCUACCUGUACUGCUGCAUCAGUCCAGUCUUCUACACCUUCGUGGGCAAGAAGUUCCAGAGUCACUUUAAAAGAAUGCUCGCCAAGAAAAUCCCGUGUUUGGGGAGACGCUUCAGUCUCAGCAGCCAGAGCACCCGAUCCACGUCACAGAGGACGCCGCAUUCCGAUAACGAGUACUAGAUAAAGCUUUGUCAAGGGUGUCCAAACUGCAAGCCACUACUCCUUUAAUCUGAUCAAAUGAAACAAGCCCGACAUUAUUAAGUAGUACAGUAAACCUCGGAUAUAUCGGAUUCAAUUGUUCCCAUUGGUUUUGUCCGAUCCGUUAUAAAAUCCGUUAUAAAAAAUCCGAUAUAUGCAAUGAUUUUUUAUUGGAAAUGCAUUACAGAAAAAUUGGUUCUUUUUUAUCUGUCCGUUGUGAGCGAAUUUCUGAUAUAUCCGAGUCCGAUAUAUCCGAGGUUUACUGUAUUUUGGCCACACCGAAAAAUAUAUCAGUGAAAAUAGCCCCCCCAAAAGCAAGCCAGGUACUGUACCUGUACAUCUUCCAGUAUACGUUCUUUGCUGAUUGUCACGUAUCUCAUCAUUUUUGCACAGUGGAUUCCCGACUCAGCAUGAUAAUAUUUUAUUUUUUUAUCAAUCUCAUUCACCCGAUGUCGCUAACGUAUAAAAUGUACAACAAUCAUGUAGCACUUGUAAAAAUAACUCAACUUUGUGUUAGUGUUGAAAUGUCACACUUUGUACGGCUGGCCUUGAACGCAUCAUAGUUGUGUGCCUUGAUGCAAAAUUGAUCUUAAGUAAUAUGAUCAAAUGUAUACACGUUUGUUCCCAAUGUUAAAUGUAAAACUGCCUAAUAUUUUUUUUUGAUAUUGUUGAUAUUGUGUUGUGCAAGUGUGUUUGACAAGCAGAGUAGCACCCAGAAAUAAAAGGGGUGUACAUUAAACGCAUCUUAGCACCAUGGCACACACAAAUAGAGGUCAUUCAGUCAGCCACAACAAGGUGCACUUGUGUUCCUAUAACAAAAAUACUAAAACCGUUUCACAGUUAAACAUAAUUGAUGCUGAAAACCAGACUGUGCAAAUACUCUCAAGGGAUAUUAAAUGAUGCUUUCAAUGCCAGCUGUACACUGGUGACUCUAAAGGAUAUCCAUGCUUCAUUUCGAAUAGUAUUAAAUAAGUGUCAUAAAAAUGAUAAAAAUGGUUGAGGGGUGAUAGAGGGUACAUAUGCUUAUGA